AUGAAAGAAUAUCCCAUAAACGGUUUAUCGUCAACAAUUUCUUAUGCAAAUAAUCUUUCGUCGAAUAUUCAUGAUAAAGAUGAUUAUUUAAAUAAAACAAAUUCAUUAAUUAAUAACUCUUCUUUUACUUUACCAACAAAAAAUAAUGAUUAUUAUUCUAUUGAUGUAUUUGACAAUUCAAAUAAAUUCCAAUUGUAUGAAGAAUCAUUAAAAUCCUUUUCUUCAACAUCAUCAUCUGCGAAUUCAUCGACUACCUCGCUAUCUUUACCUUCUUCUUCAACCUAUUCAUUGCCUUUAUCAACAUCAGAUAAGCAUGAUCUUUACACGAACCAUUAUAUUUACGAACCGUUAUCAAUGACAAUUUCUGAACCAAAGAGACAUCACGAAGGAUUUAACAACAAUUCCAUUCUUAAUUGGAAUGUAUACUUAUCACCAUUUAUAUUUUAUUCAUCUGGAAAAAUUAACAGCAUAUGGAGAUAUUUAAUUUUAUCUGGUAUUUUAUUAGGUUCAUUUUGUUAUUUGGAUCCAUUCGAAGUGGAAAAUAAAUUCAUUAUCCCUAUGAAAUAUCUUGCUACCUGUUUAAUAAUAUUUUCAUUAACCUUUGGAAUCUUUACAAUAUUUGAUAAUCAAUUUACGAAUAAUACGAGAGAAGUCAAUCAUGAAAAUUCAGCUGGAUUUGUUGAACCAAAGUUUUGUUCAGGUGGUUGUUGUAACGAAAGGGAAUGCGGUUGUACGUUAAGAAAUAGUAAUUUUAGAGAUUGUUUUAAUUUUUGUACGGCUGGUUGCUUGAAUAUUUGUUGCUUCGUCUGUUACAGGUAA